GGAAUGGCACUUCUGUUCCUGGUAGCUUACUUUGGUGGGCAUGAAAUGUGGCGAUUCAAACUACCAUUCGCAGACUUGUAUUGUGCAGAGGGCUUAGAAAUAAUAAUGCACUUAGGAACUAUUCUUUUAACAGUCCCGCCAACUCUGUGGAAUAUAUAUGUUGCUUCAAGAGACGGAACAGGGAAAAAACGGACCCUUUGGGAAGCCAUGCGCCCCCUGGUUGGAACUUUAGUACUCUUCGGCCUCAUGAUCAUAUGGGCAAAGUACUCUAGUGUUGAAAUUAUUCAACAGCAGCCACGUCUGUUUUACUUCCUCACAGGAACCCUAUUUUCCAAUAUAGCU